CGAGCAUCGCGCCGAUGGUGCAAAGUGUGCGAAUUUUCUUCGUAUCUCCUUCCUUCUUAUUUUUCACGUGAUCUCAUUGAAAUAUCUUAUCUUCAAGUACGCCGAUGGAACUCCACGUAGUACACUUUAAAACGCAAUACUUAACUCUAGAGCAUGCUCUUCGACAAGUCGACGGCAUUAUAAUAAUCGUUUAUUUUUUAAAGUUGCAGACGUCUCCUAAUAUAUUUUUAAAGGAGAUAAUAAGCGCUUUGCCUUCCAUUAAAAUCGCUAAUUCCAGCAUUCGUUUAGUACCGAUUGUUCUAACGAAUAUUUUUAAAGCAUUUACCGAAGAUUAUUUUAUAUAUUGGGGUUCGACGAUAACACCACAAUGGACUCGGCGUAUAAUGUGGUUCAUAUGCAGAGAACCUAUUGGAAUAUCCAAAGAACAGAUAGACAAAUUUCGAAAUUUAUACGACGAGAAUACAAAACCGAUCCUUGGAAAUAGUCGGCCACUUCAGAAUAGAGACAACAGGCAUGUUUUCCACGUUUGUCCAACGAGAUCGUUACACUCUACGCUUUUACCGAUAUCAAGAGAACAGAUUGCUCUAUCCAGCCAAGCCAACCCUUUUCUACCGCGUUAAGUACAAAGAAAUAUAAACCGAUUAAAGCUAUUAAAUAUCGAACGAUGUAUU